GCUGUCAAUUACACCAGAUUAGAAAAUUAUUGUACACCAGUCAAGCACUGAAUGACGUCAUGAACCCGCGCAGGUGUCAAAUGGUACAUGUUAAGACAUAUUUAAUUAACUAAUAAAAAUACGUUCUCACCAGCAUGUCAUCUUGUCCAAGUAUCCAAGAUUCCUCAGAACAAGACAGUGUUUCACUGAGUAGUUUCCAAGAUCAGCCAUACAGCACCUUCCAUAUUAGGCCACAAGAUGGCGCUAGGUGUAAAAUAAUUCUCGACACUGAUAACCCGACCCAGAUUGAAUAUCCUGUUGGAAAGGAAUUUGAAUUUUGUAUUGGUGAAAGUGAAUCUUUAUUAAGUGACAAAAUAGAGGAUAUACUCCUCUCUCUUAAAGUAGGGCAGAAAGAAAGAAUUGCUGUGACGGAGGGUAAAGAAGACAGGAUUUUGAAGCUUACAGUAACACUUUGUCGGUUUGAAAACUGUAUUCCAGCCUACCAAUUAACAAAUGAAGAUAAAUUCGAAAGGGCUAAAUACUAUAAAGAAAAGGGUGUUGAGCUGUUCAAGAAUGGAAAGAAUGAAUAUGCAUUUAGAAGGUUUUGUAGUGCACUGAAAUUGCUGAUUUCCAUGCUUCCCAGGGAUAAAUUACCGGAAACGAUUUCUGGCGAUUAUGACACGUUGAGAGCUCAGUGUUACUCUAACAUGGCAGCUUGUCAACUGAAAGAAGAAAGUUUUGAUUUUGUAGUAGCUAACUGUUCAAAGGUUUUAGGUAUUGAUCCCAAUAACGUUAAAUGUAUUUAUAGGAGGGCCAAGGCAUAUUUUUGUCUGAAAAAGUAUGAAUUGUGUAAAAAUGAUGUUAUUAGAGGCUUGAAAAUUGAACCAAAGAGCAAAACUCUUUGUGAUUUGAAUAAAAGUUUGCAUGAAUUGAAGGUAGCAUAGAUCAUUGAAAUGUGGAAGGAAUAUUAUAGAAUCUCUGUGGUAAUUAUUCAACACAUGUAACUGCAAUGACUCUAUCUCUUUACACUAAAUACCUCCACUGUUGGUUUUAAAUGAGUAUGCACCUCGAGCACUACCAAGGAUUUUAGGUUUGAGUCUUCUGAGGGUUGUCAUGGCAACCCAAAUGAAUGGAACUGGUACAUUUUUGUCAGGAAUUUUUAAUAUUACGGGUUUUUCAAUCAAUUGGAGAUGAAAAAUGAAAUAUAUUUACAAAAUAUUGCAAUAACGAUGAAAAGCAUGUUUUGUUUUUGUAUCAUCACCAGCGAAUAUUGCAUCGUCUAAGAUUUUAAGGGACAAGCAAGCAACCAAUAUUGAUUUACAAAUGUAUGCAUGUACUUGUUAUUGUGUUCAGCUUUUAAUUUCUUAAUUAGCAGAUUUUAUUGUGUAAAGUUAUUGUUCAAAGCGUUUUACUAAAUUAUUUAAGUGGCCUUUAGCUUCUAUUUUCUGUUGGAAAAUCAAUUCUAUGCUGUUUAAAUUUUAAUAUUUCAGGUAUUUUGUCUUGGGAAAGUGCAUCAUAUAUUAUCACUGUUAAGGCUUCAAAACAGCAUACUAAGAGCUAUUUAUAACACAGAGUGGUUAACAAAACAGACUGGUAAUCUAAGGAUUGCUGACUGCAAGGGUUCAAACCCCAACAGGGGCAAGCCAUUGUUUCCAUAAGCAAGAAACUUUACACUCAUUGCUUAGUACUGGUUGGUUCCAGGAACUGAUUCAAGAAUGUUUCAAUAAGCUUAUAGCUUCCAAUACAGUCAAACUAAACUUAAGAUUGUAUAAACUAACAGUGACAUUCAGUUCUAAAAUUAGGGGAACAAAUUGUCAGCUUUACUAAUAUAGAUAGUGGAGGUAUCAAGGGGUUUCCUUAUUGUGUAUGUAUUUUAUUGUCAACAAAAUUCAUUUUCCAAUUUUAUUCUUUUGAUUUGACAGUUAAAUGAAAUGAUUUAUGUAAAAAUAACAUAUUUAUCCUUUAGAACAGCUGAAGGACGCUUUAAAUAUUUGCACUUUACAUUAAUAAAUGUGUUGUGAAGUACAUGUAUAAAGAAUUAAAUUUC